CACGCGUCCACCGCAAUCUCCUAGAAGCCGGCGGCGAGCAGGAUAGGCCGCCGAGUCCAUCGCCUCUCUUACCAAAAGCUUCACCUUUACUUUCAUCCGCACCUACGCGGCGGCGAUGGCCGCUCCAUCCUCCGCCCUCUCCGUCUCAGGUGUGACACAUACAAAUGCAUUCGGCUGCAAGAACAGCAAGCUGAAGUCGAACAGAAAUCAAUUGCAGUUCGCAGUUUCCUCAAGUUCAGGGAAUGCAAAUCAUGGUGGAAGGUUAACUAUAUGCAGAGCACAGAGCGAAGAUUCUAAAGGCGGGGGAGGAUUCUUGACUGGAUUUCUUAUAGGGGGAGCAAUAUUUGGAACACUGGGAUAUGUCUUUGCUCCUCAGAUCAGCAGAACAUUGGAUUCUUUCUUGGAUGAGAAUGGACAAGACGUUGAGUCCGAUGAAACUGGCUUCCAAAGGGUGGCAAGGCCACGUAAUGGUCGAUAUUAUGAUGAAGGUUUAGAGAAAACUCGUCAAACACUGGGUGACAAGAUAAGCCAGCUGAACUUGGCAAUUGACAAAGCUGCUUCCCGGCUGAGACGUGUCACUGGCAAUGUGGAAAAUGAGGCUGUUAGCGAGGAAACAGAAGUAGAACCUUCCUAGAACCUAUUGGGAUAUCCUCACUGAACGGGAAUGAACAUGUGGUGGAAAACCUGAAUGAGCAUGGCUUUGUGCAAGGUGAAAGCGCAACAUGAUGAAUGUUCACCACAGGUUGGACGUUCAUCUGGUGAGUCACUGACAACUUCACAGAAGUCCAAAUCAAGACGUAUAACCCAAGCUAUGAACCCCAUGGAGCUAAAAUUUCAGUAGUAUGCUUCGGUCUGCAAUCUGAAAGAUGAGCUGUAUAAUCUGUUCAGGCAAUCGACAAUUUGGCAUAAUCGAAUGAUUCGCAGCUAGGAUCUUUUGUACUCGUGCCAUUGACAUUUUCCCCCAUGUGUUCAAGUUAUAAUUCUGUAUUGGCAUUUAUGUAGUAGUUUUGAUGUUUUCUCUGCAUAA